UUCCAGGAGGUGCAGCUUUUGCAAAAAUAUGUUGCACGGGAGAUGAGUUGGCCCAUCAUUCUCUGCAGUGUUACAUAUUUUGGCGAGCCAGCCAGGAGUCAACAUGAUCACAAACCACCUCCCUUCACAAGAGAUGAACUUUCAAUGAACAAAAUGGAAGCGACACAGCCCCUGUGUGAUCAAGUGAGUACAGCCUUGUGGCAGUUGGAGAGGGAGCUUCUCAUGGAUGUCUGCAGGCGACUGAAAUGUUCCGGCCUGGACAGUGGAGAGCCUCGCAGCAGGACUAAGAGGACACUCAUCAGGAUGGCAGAGGAUGAGGAUCAAGUGGAGCAGUGUUACAAGGACAUCGCUACCUACAUCCGCAGACGAAGCAAAGGAGAUAGUCAAUCAGAAGAGGAGCCCCCAUCAAAAGAAUUUGUGCCUAAUAUAGAGCCUGACGACAACCCUGCACGAAUCUCCCCAAGAAGGAUGAAAAAUACUCCACCUAGAACUCGAAAAGAGCCAGCACAAACUCUACAAGAGGUAACGUUGAGAAGGGAGUUUAAAAUAUGUGGACAGAUUGGAGAACAUGGGCAGAAGGACAGGCUAUCUUACCUCAGCCUAAUCCGCCAGAUUGAGAAUGGGAGCGAAAAAGGACACGCAGAGGCCGAAAUAGUUGAAGCAGUAAUUAGGGCCAUCAGUCCAGGAAUGCCCCUAAGAGACAUGCUGGAGAUAAAACGUGGGCUGACACUUAGUAAACUGCUCACCAUAUUAAAAGGGCACUACAAGGUCGACAGUCCCACUGAGCUUUACCAUCAACUCCUCAAUCUCUCCCAAGAGCCCAAAGAAACUGCCCUCAACUUUGGAUUUCGUGCCAUCAAACUCAAAGAGAAACUGUUAUGGAAAGUAUCAAAUGAGGAGACCGAUGAACUAUACAGCAGAGCCACAAUCCAGCACAAGUUCCUCCGCUCCAUUGAAACUGGGCUGCUCAGUGACUCUAUCAAGUACCAGUUACUGCCCCUCCUAAGUGACUUAUCCGUAACAGAUGGAGACCUCAUUGAAACGCUCAAUGAAGCUUCAAAGCUAGAAAAUGAAAGAUUGGAGAAACGAAAAAGGUCCACUGCAGCCAAGAUUCCCAAGGUGCAGGAGUUCCAAACAGAAUGCCAGGCAGCCCAGACAUCUGUUCAGACACCCCUCAAGCUUCCCGAGUCCUCCCCUUUAGUGGCCGUGAAAACAGUUAAAGGUAAAGAGACAAAGGCAGAUACACAGCAGAUGAUAGAAGAACUUCGCAAAGAAAUGCAGCAAAUGUUUAUGACUGCAAUGGAAAAUAGUCCAUGCACCAUGACACCAAGACAGAGAGAAAAGGGCUGUAAAAAAUGCAAAAAAGAGAGGAAAGGAGACAACUGCAUGCGCUGUUUCAAAUGUGGGCGAGAGGGGCACUACUCUUGUGGAUGCCGAUUCCCAUCAGUGACAGACUCGUCAGAGCUGGAGUCCGUAAAAGGAGUCUCCCCUCACUCUUUUGGACAGCUUUGUGUUUUUAUCAUUUAUUUUUAAUUGAAGAAAAGUAGUCAUACACAACAAAUGCGGCAUCAUGAUCCAAUAACUUGAAAUUAAAUAGCAAACAAUAAGUAGAAAUGCAAAAUCACAUUAUAAAGUAGGGAGUUUCCUUGAAGAUUCAUUUGGGGUUUUUUAACAGGAGAUGAUGGAUGGAUUGUCUUCUUUCCAGCAACACAGAAACCCUAAAUGAAUCAAAAACAACAAAUCUGGCUCCAUUAUUUCAUAUUUUUGGCAGUAUCACCAGAAGUGUGAGGAUGCUAACACGUGACACUAUCGGGAAGUGUUUCCAAGUCUCCCCCCUCCGUCGACAACAUGGGCACCUCCUCCACUGUUUCACUUCUGCGCCAGUACCAGAUGGCGAGAGCACCGAAAAGACCCAGCACAAGCACGACGGUCGUCACGGCCACGACUGGAACUGGAACUCCAUUUCUCAUGGCUGAUGGUGGCGCUGUGGGUUGAACUGCAGCGUUCAUGGCUGAUGGUGGUGGACACUCAAGUAGGAUGUCACAUUGUUGGGUAGCAACCCGACUUUCCACCGUACAGAGAUAUCUUCCACAGUUGUCCUCUGUGAUCCUGUCUACAAACAAGUCACCCAAUGUGGCAUUCACACUGCCGUUUGGUGGCAUGUGAGGAUCCGCAUUUGAGUGUCACGCCAUGACCCUUUGCAGGCUCCCCUUCCACACCACAAACCGGCUCGAUUGGUUUCUCCAUGACUGUCAGGUUCAUGUCCCUUUGAACCUCUAU